AUGGCCGCGGCCGCAGACGUCGGCGCCGGCGGGACGACCGUCGAGGACCUCCACGGCGACGUGCUCACGCGGAUCCUCCGGCGGCUGGACGGGCCGUCCCUCGCCGCCGCCGGCUGCGCCACUGCCCGCCUCCGGGAGCUCGCCGACCAGCCCGACCUGUGGGAGGAGCUCUGCAAAUCAACCUGGCCGUCGCUCCGCCACCGCCGCCUCCGGCCGAUGCUCGCCGUCGCCCCGCGGACCUUCUUCUCCGACGCAUACACCUUCCCAGGAGGCCGUGGCGACGCCGGGGAAGGCCCGGCGGUGGGGGAGCCGCCGCCUCCCAGGCUGCUCUCCGCGGUAGACCUGUUCCACAGAGGGAAGCUCGUCUUCUCCACGUUGGUGGAGACGGACACUAGGAGCUCCUGGUUCCUCGGCUCGCCCUUCCGGGUCGAGGCCCUCGCCGGCGGCGGCGCCGGGCCGGUGUCGGUGGGGGAUCUGAGACUGAGCUGGAUAAUUAUCGACGACAUUCGCAGGCGGGCGGUGAACCUGUCCAGCCGGCGGCCGGUGGCGGUGCAGCGGCGGUGGUACGCGGGGACGACGCACGUCCGGUUCGCCACCGUGCUGGGCCGAGGAAACGCCGCCGCCGCCGCCGUGGUGGCCUGCGAGCAGGCGGCGAUGGCACCGCUGGAGGUCAGCCUGUGCGUGGAGGACGCUGACGGAGUCUGCCUCAGCGGAAAGGAGAGCCUGACGAUGCUACGGGGGGUGCUCGCCGGAGAGAGAAAGCACGGCGGCGGAGCGGCGGAGGAGGAGGCCCGCGCCGCCUACGCCGGCUUCGUCGCGCGGCGGCGGGCGGGGAAGGAGCAGACGGCCACGAGGGAGCGCCGCCGCGACCUGUGCUGCGUCGUCUUCGGGUUCUUCCUCCUCGUCUUCCUCGCCGCCCUCGUUCUCCGGUAA